CCCUAAGACCUUCUCCUGCCUGGCGUGAGGCUGGGGAGGGGGUACCCCCGUGCCCUGCCUCUACUUCCUACCCUGUGAUGUGAGGCACAGGCAUGCUCAGUAGCCGGUGCCUACCCCUCCUAGCUCAGCAACAGUGCCUACAACACUAGGAGACUGCUGGCAGCAGGAGCGGAGCCGGAAAGCCAUCUUUGCUGGAGGGAGGCAGCAGCCCCUGCGCCGCUAGGCAGCCGCUCCACUGCCCACCAUGUCUGCUCCAGCUCCUACCCAAGGUCCCACCAGUGCUGGGGCUGGAGGACCACCUCCUGCUACCAAACGGCUGCAGCAGACACAAGCCCAGGUGGAUGAAGUGGUAGACAUCAUGAGAAUGAACGUGGACAAGGUGCUAGAAAGAGACCAGAUGCUAUCAGAGCUUGACAACCGAGCUGAUGCAUUGCAAGCAGGUGCCUCACAGUUUGAAACCAGUGCAGCCAAACUGAAGAGAAAAUACUGGUGGAAAAAUUGCAAGAUGAUGAUCAUCCUUGGUAUAGUAUGCGCAGUCAUUCUCAUUAUAAUUAUAAUUUAUUUCUCCACUUGAAAAAGCAGAGAAGGAAGACUUGGCACAACUUUGUUCAUAUCAACCAACGAUAUCAGUAUUCCUUUGUUGAAAUCAGCUUUUUAAUUCCCGGUGUCUUGGGAUUUUUGCUUGUAAUAACCCAUAAGCAUUCAGUGUGGUGUGUUUUGGAAUUCUGUUGUUUCCACAAGAAACUGUACCAGCUAAAUACUGCCAAGUAGUUCCAUACACUGUCUUAUCACUGUGUCUUAAAAUGUGUACGCACUGACCUUCAGAAACUGUAGUAUAUGAAAAAGCAUCCUAAACAUCUCAGAAUCAGGGAAUGCAGCUAUGGGGAAGCUCCUGCUUAAAGGGACACUGUCAAGUGAAUUGGACCCAAACCUGAGGUUACAGCAAAUGUUAGGGCCAAAAUUCUCAGUCUGAGCACCUAAAGUUGGAUAGCAAAGCCCACAGUCAGAUGUAACUUUUUGAGGUAGUAUCUGCUACUCCCAUUGAAGGGAGUGGUACCUACAAGUUUUCACUUAAGAUGUCUUAUUUCAACUUAGCAAACCAAACCACAGGUUGUUGAGAUUAAUUUUAUGAUCCAAGUCUAAAAACAUUGCCUGCAGAAAAUGAAUAGGACUGGAUGAUCAUCCUUUAUGGAUUUAAAUAUUUUCCUAAUGGGAUGUUCUGUGCAGCCAGGUUGGCCUCAAUAUGAAAGCCAGAAGGAAAAUUGUAUGACACCCAAGAAAGCAUUAGCUAGCACAAGCUUGAAAAAUCGAAUUAAAAUGCAAAAAAUGGAGAUAGAGGCAUCAUAAAUAAUCAAGAUAAAGACUCCUGCUAAAAACUGAAGGUGCUGCUUGUCAGACUUCAUGGGACUCUUGAAUGCCAAUUCCCAACAAUUACAGCCCUAACUGGAAAGCACAUAAGCAACUUUUGGUGAUGUCUGUGGCUUCCCAGCACAAUGGUAGGAGGCCACCUCUGGACCAUUUUGCAGAAAUGGUCCCCACUGUGAGGACCAUGAAAAAACCAGGAAGGAGAAAGUAUGAUUAGAGAGAACAGUAGAGAGAGGCCAGGAAAGGGAAGGGUGCCUAGGAAAGCUUUCCUGGUGAAAAGGAAGGCAGAGAAACACUGUUCAAAGAUGGUGUUAACAGGCUUUUAAAAAAACUAAUUUAUUUUGUAUGUCUGUGUGUGUAGUUCAUAAACUGGAGUGUUGUCUUCAUAAAGUGCUCAGCUAAGC